AUGUCGACCCGCGAGCGCCGGCCCUCGAUGAGUGCCCCACUUUCUGAUCUACAGGGCCCCAUUGGUCCUGGCUUCAGCAGGCCAAAGCACAAGAGAACCGCCACUGGUUUCGGCCCAGAAGAGAUCAAAGCGGUCGAGGCCGCCAUUCCUGAGCCGGCAAGGCAGGCAUGGACCAAGAACACGCCCAAGGCCUUUGAAACAACCGAAGAAUUCGAGAGAGAGACCAUCCGCCACAUCGAGACGACCCUCGCCCGCUCCCUGUACAACUGCGAUGACUUUGCCACCUAUGCGGGCACAUCCCUGGCCUUCCGGGAUCGCCUGAUCCUCGACUGGAACAAGACGCAGCAGGAGCAGACCUGGGCUGAUCAGAAGCGAGUUUACUAUCUCUCCCUGGAAUUUCUCAUGGGCAGGGCACUUGACAAUGCCAUGCUCAACGUCGGCAAGAAGGAUGUGGCAAAGCAGGGCCUUGAGGAUCUUGGCUUCCGCAUCGAGGACGUGAUCGGCCAGGAGCAUGACGCUGCUCUUGGAAAUGGCGGUCUCGGUCGCCUGGCUGCCUGCUUCCUCGACAGCAUGGCCUCCCUGAACUAUCCCGCCUGGGGUUAUGGUCUGCGCUACCGUUACGGUAUCUUCAAGCAGGAGAUCGUCGACGGCUACCAGGUCGAGGUUCCCGAUUACUGGCUGGACUUCAACCCGUGGGAGUUCUGCAGGCACGAUGUUACGGUCGACAUCCAGUUCUACGGCCAUGUCCGCAAAUACACCGACGAAAGCGGUAAGCAGAAGUCGGUUUGGGAGGGCGGGGAAAUUGUGCAGGCUGUGGCCUAUGACGUCCCGAUUCCCGGAUACAGCACAUCGACCACCAACAACCUUCGGCUGUGGGGUAGCAAGGCAGCUUCGGGUGAAUUCGACUUCCAGAAGUUUAACUCGGGAGAGUAUGAAAGCUCGGUUGCCGACCAGCAGCGGGCCGAGACCAUCUCGGCCGUCCUGUACCCCAAUGACAACCUGGACCGUGGUAAGGAGCUUCGCUUGAAGCAGCAAUACUUCUGGUGUGCUGCAUCUCUAUACGACAUUGUCCGCCGCUUUAAGAAGACCAAGAGGGCUUGGAAGGACUUCCCCUCCCAGGUCGCCAUCCAGCUUAAUGACACGCACCCGACCAUGGCGAUUCCUGAGUUGCAGAGAAUUCUCGUCGAUGUUGAGGGCCUUGACUGGGAUGAUGCCUGGAACAUCGUGAGCAAGACCUUCGGCUACACCAACCACACCGUCCUGCCCGAGGCUCUCGAGAAGUGGUCCGUUCCGCUUUUCCAGCACCUGCUGCCUCGUCACCUGCAGAUCAUCUACGACAUCAACCUGCAGUUCUUGCAGUUCGUUGAGCGCACCUUCCCGAAGGAGCGCGACAUGCUCGGACGCGUGUCCAUCAUUGAGGAGUCGCAGCCCAAGAUGGUUCGCAUGGCAUAUCUCGCCGUCAUUGGCUCUCACAAGGUCAACGGUGUCGCCGAGCUGCACUCGGAUCUGAUCAAGACGACCAUUUUCAAGGACUUCGUGCAAAUCUACGGCCCGGACAAGUUCACCAAUGUUACCAACGGCAUCACCCCCCGUCGCUGGCUUCACCAGGCUAACCCUCGCCUGUCGGAGCUCAUUGCUUCGAAGCUUGGCGGCUACGAGUAUCUGAAGGAUCUGACGCUCUUGCACAAGAUUGAGGCAUACGUCGACGAUGCCGACUUCCGCAAGGAGUUCCAGGAGAUCAAGUACGCAAACAAGGUCCGCCUUGCCAAGUACAUCAAGGAUACUCAGGGAGUCAGUGUCAACCCUAAGGCGCUUUUUGAUGUGCAAGUCAAGCGUAUCCACGAGUACAAGCGUCAGCAGCUGAACAUUUUCGGUGUCAUUCACCGCUACCUUGCCAUCAAGAAGAUGUCUCCAGAGCAGCGUGAGAAGCUCCAGCCGCGUGUCUCUAUUUUCGGAGGCAAGGCUGCUCCCGGUUACUGGAUGGCGAAGACCGUCAUUCACCUGAUCUGCCAAGUUGGAAAGGUCGUGAACUCCGAUCCUGAUGUUGGAGAUCUCCUCAAGGUUAUCUUCUUGGAAGACUACAAUGUCAGCAAGGCAGAGAUCAUCUGCCCGGCUUCCGACAUCAGCGAGCACAUCUCCACCGCUGGUACUGAGGCUAGUGGUACCAGUAACAUGAAGUUCGUGCUGAAUGGUGGCCUGAUCAUCGGCACUUGUGACGGUGCAAACAUCGAGAUCACGCGCGAGGUCGGUGAGAAUAACAUCUUCCUCUUCGGUAACCUGGCAGAAGAUGUUGAGGACCUUCGCCAUGCGCACGUCUACGGCCAAUACAAGCUCGACCCGGAGCUCGCAACAGUGUUUGAUGCGAUCAAGAGUGGAAUGUUCGGUGACGCUGGCUCGUUCUCCGCUCUGAUCAACGGCAUUGUCGACCACGGUGACUACUACCUGGUCUCGGAUGACUUCUCGUCGUACUGCAAGACCCACGACCUCAUCGACGAGUCGUACCGCAACCAGGAAGAGUGGCUCACCAAGGCCAUCACCAGCGUCGCCCGCAUGGGCUUCUUCUCCAGUGACCGCUGCAUCGAUGAAUAUGCGGAGUCGAUCUGGAACGUUGAGCCUUUGGUUCCUAAGCCUUAG